CUGGAGGUGCCCAGCAAUCAAUCAUGGAGGUGUUGAACUUGUGAAGUAAUAUGGAAGUUGUGGUUGCGUCAAUAAGAACAACAAGAACAAUAACAACAACGAGUGGAAGAAGAUGACGCUUUACAUUGGCCGCGAGUCGUCAAAGCUCUGGAAGAGAAUCUGCGCUGAGGUAGUCACCGAGAUCAAUCUUCUCGCCACGAAUUGGAAGUAUCUUCUCGCCGGUCUAGUUUUUCAGUACAUACAUGGUCUAGCUGCUCGAGGAGUUCAUUAUAUACAUCGGCCCGGGCCAACGCUCCAGGAUGCUGGUUUCUUUCUUCUUCCAGAACUUGGGCAAGACAGAGCCUACAUCAGUGAGACCCUUUUCACCUUCAUCUUCUUAUCUUUUGUAUUGUGGACCUUCCAUCCUUUCAUUUUCAAGGGCAAAAAGAUUUACACAGUUCUCCUCUGGUGUAGGGUUCUAGCAUUCUUAUCAGCUUGUCAGUUUCUGCGGAUUAUCACAUUCUAUUCCACCCAGCUUCCUGGUCCAAAUUACCAUUGUCGAGAGGGUUCUAAACUUGCCAGGCUGCCUCCUCCGGAAAGUGUAUUAGAAGUCUUCUUGAUCAUUCCGCAUGGUGUACUUUAUGGUUGUGGUGAUUUGAUUUUCUCGUCACAUAUGAUAUUUAGUCUAGUCUUUGUGCGCACUUAUCAGAAAUACGGUACACAAAGGUUUAUAAAGCAGUUAGCUUGGUUACUCGUUGUGAUCCAGAGUUUCUUGAUUGUGGCAUCCCGCAAACAUUACACGGUUGAUGUUGUUGUUGCAUGGUAUACUGUUAAUUUGGUCGUAUUCUUUAUCGACAAGAAAUUGGCAGAAUUACCUGACCGGACCAACGGAGCUGCAUCUCUCUUGUUACCGCUAAGCACAAAGGACAAGGAUGGUAAGACCAAAGAAGAGAACCACAAGCUAUUGAAUGGAAUUGUCGGAGACCCUGCUGAUCGGAGACAAAGAACUCAAGUUAACGGCAAGACUCUAGAUGACGUAAACACAGUACAUGCUGAUGCUACAAUGAACGGUGCAUAGAACGGAAGGAUUAUGUCGUUGCAACAAGGUGACUUGAUGUGAUUUGUUUAAUAGGGGCCCUGGGUUUGAAAGUUGUGUCUUGUGUGUGUUACGGGUUCUGUGCUGGAAACACGACGUGAUUUGUAUUCUAAUAGAAAAGGGAUUGGGGUUGGUUUUUGUGUUUUCCAGUCCUGCUUUUGUUCUAGUUCAGAUAACACCAGCAUCUUCAUGCACAAUAGAUCUUAGAUGAUUUUCCCUUCAA